AUGCUUCCGGUCCGUGGCCCCACGUGCCAAUGCCCGUGUCAGCCUGGAGGUCAAACAGACGAGGAAAUGCGACGUGCCCCGCGAUCUUCACCGCGCCGCGGUGAGUCCACAGCGUGCGCUGCAGCUGGAGGCAGAGGGUGGUCGGGGCGCUGA